AGAUUAUUAUAUAUAGUUUGGAAUAAUAUAUUUUUAAGAAAUGAAAUUCAUAAACAUAUUUUAAAGUUUAUUGAACAUAAUGUUGUAAAUCUUGAUAUAUCACAAUAUAAACAUCUCACAACACUCACAUUCGGUGAUGAUUUUAACCAAGUAGUUCUACCCGGCACAUUACCAAAUAGUCUCACAACACUUAAAUUCGGUCAUUGUUUUAACAAGGUAGUUCCACCCGGCACAUUACCAAAUAGUCUCACAACACUCACAUUCGGUUAUGAUUUUAACCAAGUAAUUCCACGGGGCACAUUACCAAAUAACCUCACAGCACUCACAUUCCGUCAUUAUUUUAACCAAGUAGUUCCACCGGGCGCAUUACCAAAUAAUCUCGCAUCACUCACAUUCAGUUUUAGUUUUAACCAAGUAAUUCUACCCGACACAUUACCAAAUAGUCUCACAAUACUUAUAUUCAGUUUUAAAUUUAACCAAGUAGUUCUACCUGGCUUAUUACCAAAUAGUCUUAGAAUACUCGUAUUUGGUUAUGAAUUUAACCAAGUAAUUCCACCAGGCACAUUACCAAAUAGUCUCACAACACUCACAUUCGGUGAUCAUUUUAACCAAGUAAUUCCACCCGGCACAUUUCCAAAUAGUAUCACAACACUCACACUCAGUAAUAAGUUUAACCAAGUAGUUACACCCGGCACAUUACCAAAUAGUCUCACAACACUCAUGUUCGGUGAUGAUUUUAACCAAGUAGUUCCACCCGGCACAUUACCAAAUAAUCUCACAACACUCACAUUCGGUAAUGAUUUUAACCAAGUAGUUACACCCGGCACAUUUCCAAAUAGUCUCACAACACUAAAAUUCGGUGUUGCUUUUAACAAAGUAAUUCCACCUGGCACAUUACCAAAUAGUCUCACAACACUAAAAUUCGGUUAUAAUUUUAACCAAGUAGUUCCACCUGUCACAUUACCAAAUAGUCUUACAACACUCACAUUUAGUCAUCGUUUUAACCAAGUAAUUCCACCCGGCUCAUUACCAAAUAGUCUUACAACACUCACAUUCGGUUAUGAUUUUAACCAAGCAGUUCUACCCGGCACAUUACCAAAUAGUCUCACAACACUCACAUUUGGUGAUGGUUUUAACAAAGUAAUUCCACCUGGCACAUUACCAAAUAGUCUCACAGCACUCACAUUCAACAAUAAAUAUAACCAAGUAUUUCUACCUGGCACAUUACCAAAUAGUCUUACAGAACACGGAUACAGUUCAUAUAAAAGGGUAUUUAUAAAAAUAUAA